UUUACAUGUGGAUCAAUAUAUUUGCCGAGUCCGCGUCGAUUCAUACAUUGACGUGGAUAAGUUGUGAUCGAUACCUUAAGAUCAGUAAGCCAUUGCGGUAUAACGUAAUCAUGACCACGAAAAAGUCGAAAAUUGUGAUCACCAUAAUUUGGAUAAUUUCAACAGCGUAUGCCACGUAUGGAUCUCUCAUUAAAACUUUUUACAAUGAAAUUUCACACGAUUUGACAGCAUUUAUUCUGCCCCCUUUUAACAGUGUUUGUAAUCCGAUAAUAUACGCAUGUUUUGAUAAAAGAUUCAGAGAGGCGUUCAAACGACUCUUCACACGAUUGUGGCGAUGA